UGUGUGCAUUAAGGACAACUCAGUCUCUCCACACAAAGUAAAUUAUUAUGGCUGGCCGGUUGCGAGACGGUCCUCGCAACAGUUCAGCAGACUCCGUCGGUGGCCUUAAAACGACGCGGAUGCCCCGACAGCCAGAACCGCAUAGAGAGCGCGAGGACACGGCGGAGUCACUGCAGGAACUGCCGCGAUGGAUGCGGCUUUACUUCUACGGGAUGCACGGCGUGACUCUGGAUGUCCUGCUGUCAUCGGUUCAAGGGGUUUUAAAUGAUCGGGACCCCAAACUGGUUGGGUUUUCCUCUCCGUAUCUUUGCAUCAUGCAUUCACUGACCCACUUCGCCCUGGAAAAGAUUUACUCUCAGAAGAGGUGUUUUCGAGGUCGGCCUGUGGUGUUUCAUCUUGUUUUCUAUCCGUCUGUCUACAUCGGGCUGCAGAUUCUGAUCGGGAACAUCAACACGCUGACCGAGCAGGUGAGGAUGAUAUCGGGGACGCAGCUGGCAGUGCACUACAUCCUGGCUCUGUAUUUCGCUCAUGUGUUUCAUAGAGGGUUUUCCAGGCUGCAGUAUCACACCUCCUGCCCCGGCACAGACCCCCAGAGCAAGCCCGGCCCGGAGCAGAGUGCACCUGCUCGGGGGCCUCUUCACAGCCUGCCCGGAUUUGUGCGGUUCUUGUUUUUCGGGAUGCAUGGCUUCCUAGACGAGGUGGUUUUCACCUCAAUAUUCAACCUGGUGGAGAAGUCGGACCGGAGCCUCAGUGGGCACACGUCCCUGUGGUCUUUCCUGAUGUACGGUAGCUGCAGCUUCGUAGUGGAAAAGCUCUACCUUUACCUGCACUUCAGCAGAGGCUGGGGGAUGCUGUGGAGGCUCCCCAUCUACAUCUGUUUUAUCUACACCUGGGAGUUCUCCUGGGGUCUGGUCCUGAGGCAGUUUGACGCCUGCUCCUGGGAUUAUUCCCAUUAUCCUCAUAACUUCAUGGGACUGAUCACCCUCCUUUACCUGCCAGGCUGGGUUUGUCUGAGUCUCUAUCAGGACGUGCUGUCUAAUGUCCUGCUGAGGAUCAAGUGCACCAAAGAUGUGACUGAUUUGAGUGAGGAGAUUGGAGAAGUCAAUGGACAAGUCGAAUCUAACAAAAAAAUACUUUAA